AAUGUCUCUUCUAGCGCUUUGCUUUCGAAAUAUCUGACACUUCGUAAGUAUGGUGGUGGCGACGUUAACUGCUUACACGCGGCCGUAUUCUUGCUUGCCAUUCGAUAUUAUUAUUUAACGAAUAUUGUGCCGGGCGUGAAUACAAGAAGGAGAAAACCAGCAAGAACAUUGAUUGUACUUGGUUCUGGGGGUCAUACAGCUGAAAUGAUGACGAUUGUCAAACAACUGAACAAGAAAAACUAUUCACCACGAUAUUAUAUUAUGGCCAGCACCGAUUCAACCAGCGAAUCGAAAGUAUUGAAUCAUGAAGAGCCAACCACGUCGAAAAAUGACUACGAAUUAUUUCGUAUAAAACGAAGUCGCCACGUCGGACAAAGCUAUUUGACGUCGGUGUUUACAACAAUUCGCUCUGUUUGGCAGUGUAUACCAUUGGUCUAUCAUCUACAACCCGAUUUGAUUCUAUGCAACGGACCCGGCACUUGCGUUCCCAUCUGUUUGAUUGCAUUCGCGAUGAAAAUUUUCUGUGCCAUUAAUGUUCAAUGUAAAAUUGUUUUCAUCGAAAGUUAUUGUCGCGUUAAAACUGUUUCGUUGAGUGGCAAGAUUUUAGUUUGGAUUGCUGACUCGUUUGUCGUUCAAUGGCCACAGCUAGUCAGCUUUUCACCGAAAGCGAAAUAUUUUGGAAGACUUUUUUAAAUGCUAUUUUGAGACCUUUUCAAAGUGCACCUGAUGUAGUUGUUUAAGCUCACGUUCCAAAGAUUAUUCAAUAAAGACAAAAUCAAAAUUUUAUGCAACAAAUUUUACAAAAUUAA